ACAGCCACAGCCACAGCUCUACCUUCAGCAAAGUCUGCAGUUUCAGUCGAGCGUCGUCGCUCCAAGCGUGAGGUUCAAGUCAAGAGAAUACCGAGCAUUGUAGUUCAAACCGGAGAUCAAAUCUAACCAGCAAAAACAAAGCACGGCAGAGGAGACACACUCACGAAGCGGAAGGAAGGGCAAACAUGGAGACCUAUCUGACAGAGAUCAAACAAUUGCGCAUACCACGCCCGAAAUUCGAGCCGAACCAAUGCCACCAGCAACACCAACACGCGGUGGCAGGCACAUCGACAAGCUCCAGCACCACCUCCAACACGCCCACGCCCCCCCAUCAUCAUCAGCGACCGUGGCGACACUUUGUGCGACCCUUUACGCCGCCACGCGAUUACCAUCUGCCGAUGGUGGCCGGAGGAGCAUGGUCCGCGGAGGAGGCCUCCAUGCACGACAAGAUGUGAGCAGAAGUAGGCGGCAGAAGGCGGUCUGCGGUCUGUUCGACCUGGCAUCGAAUUGCUUACACUUAUUGGCUAUAUGCACAUGCUAUAAAUAUAUAUAAAUAUACAUAAAGAUAUAACUCUAUACAUACAUACUUAUAAUUGCAUAAAUUAGUGAUUCAGUUUAGUGUUUAGUUAGUUUAGUUUACCUUAAAUAUUGAGAUACAGUUACAGAUGCAAAGAAUAAA